CUCAAGUGUCACAAAACCACACAGUGGCGCGAUUUGGAAUUUACUCCUCAGACCACCCUCGGGGGGAUUUUUGGUGACGGAGAGGACUUUUCACUCUCAUGCCUUUCCUGCUCCCUGGGUCUACCAUUGUUUUCACUGGGCACGAUGUCGGCCGAUCUGCCCCGCCGACGGCGAUCUUCCUUCUCAGAGCGCUUCCAGCGCGUCUUUAGUAGUGAUCGAGCUGAUCAAGACAAGAAACGCCAGAGUCUAGGACCAGGCACCCCGCAAACCCCGUCCCGUGUUUCAGCUCAACCGAGCGACGACAAUGAUUCCAAGUCAGCAGCAACUGCCGCGCCAUCGGUGCCUGAUGAUUCAGGACUCGGCUCCUUCAAUUUCUCGUCGGACUCUCGUGUUCCUUCCCUCAGCACUACGGGCUCUAGCGCAUCUGUCCGCGCAAUUCACAAGGAUGAGGACUCCACUCAGCAAAUGACAACCGAGGCUAAGCAGGUAGUGGAACUUGAUCAGGUAAACUCCUCGCCAACAUGGAAAAAAGAUACACCGCGGAAAGAGAGGCGAGCGACCAAGCGACUAGAGGCAGAGAGGAAGGAGCUGGAGAAGCGUAUGCUUCAGCUAGAGCAAAACCAGACCCAGGCCGACGGUGGCAACUCUGAUCGCAGCAGCCGCCGCUUGGUCAAGAAACAAAAGGCGAGCUCGGAGCGAUCCUCCAGUGCUGGCAGCUCGCGACUGAGAUCGUCAUCCAUUGGGCGAUUCUUCACACGCUCCCGUCGAGGCUCUCAAACAGGGAUUGAUUCCGCGAAUGAAAGUGACAUUGAAUCUGCUCGUGGCUCCGCUGAUGCAAACCCGGCAGCACCUGUUCCACCAUCAAUCCCGUUGGCGCUCGAGGAACGUUUUGGGGCUGAUGUUUCACGGGAGCUGGCGACCCGACAUGGAACUACCUUGCUCCCUGCGAAUCAGCUCGCUUCAAACCAAUCCCGAUCAGUCUCAUCUCAGCAUCCUCAGAAAUCGCAGCGCUUACACCAUACCCCAUUGAAGUCAGACGAUCUUCGAGAAAACUGGAAGAUGGCAGAGGAGUGGCAAAAGACACAGGGCGGCGAGCCUGGCCCGGGUUUUAUUAAACCAGACAGCUUGGUCGGGGGGAGGCAAUCCCCGCGAGCAUCACUUUAUGGAACGGACCUUGACCAAGAAUUCACUGUAACUCCAAAGAACGGGAGGAAGACCCCUAAGACCCCAAAUAUCGGCUCUCCAAGCGCCGGAGCUGCGACUGACCAGUUGGGUCUGUCUUCGACAAACACUCUAGAGGGCAUUCCACAAGAUGCUGACCCCUCAGCUAUGCGAAUCACAACUGUGAAGCAGCAACGUGACUUUUCCAGCUCAAUGUCAGAGGACUCAUCUGGUUCAAACAGCACAGUGGAUAUCCAGUCGUCUAUGCCUGUUGAAAAAUAUCCUACGAGGAACCGCGUAGAAUCUACUCCGCAGAGUUAUCAGAGGGUCUACAAAUCCUCACCUUUGGCCAUGAACCCAAAUAGCCCCGACAGCCCUACCCAGUCGUCAAAUGAUGACCCUUCGCUGCGUACAGAUAAGCUGGAUCUGCCGAAGCCCCUGCGGAUCUCAAAGAUUCCUCAAUUCGAGGGGCCUCUAUCGCGCAAUCAACAAUUGGCUCCAGUCUCCUCAUCUGAGCAGGCUCAAAGUCAGCCUAAGAGGGCUAGUCCCGGUAAAAACCGGGAGUCACUUCAUGGAUCAUGGCCGUUGACUGGGAACGAUAUUCAGCAGGAGAACCGCAAUUCGCAAACAGACUAUCAGGAGCCACCAAUUCCCCGAGGAUCAAGCAACCCUCCUCAUGCGAUAGCUCCUCCCAAGCAUCCAGGUCGACGAAGUCUUGAAGACCACACUCCGAAGUGGACAAGUAAUAGAAAGCCGACAGGAAGCACUGCCUCAGAUGGUGCUCGCGGCUCCAAAGAGCCACAAAUUCAUCACCUAUCUCCGCGAAGGGUUACUGACGGAGGAAUAUCUCCAGCGGACUGGAAUGACCCUGACCAUAGACGGUCAUCCAUAUCAUCCCUAGCAUCAAGCUACAAUACAGCCGACGAAGAAAAGCUCGACGUGCCUCCAGGACGUUCGAAACGAGCAUCCCUCCCAGCUCCCGAACGCAAAGAAGCAAAGCCCGCCCCUACAGAAGUCGCUAUAAAGGAGACACCCACAAGUGCCACCAGCCCUCGAACCAACCCAGUAGCAUCUGGCUCAAUAAACAUGCUACGCAAAGCCCCCAUGCAAAAGAUGAAACCACCUCGUUCAGACGACGUCCUCACCAAGCUGUUCGUCAUUUGCUGUCAAUGCAAGUACUGGCACGAUAUGCCAUCAGAUGUUAGCAAGAACUUUUUCGCGACGGAAUUCGGGGAAGAACUCGACGUUCUCCUCGGACCCUAA